AUGGCAACUCCACGCUACCUCACAGCCCAGAAGAUCAGCCUGCUAGUCCUGGUCCGCCUUUACUGCAGUUCGGCACUACCAACCUCCGCAACGAUACCAAUCCUUUCUUUCAUACUUUCUCACACAGUCUCUCCUCCGACGUCAAAUGCUCAGAGCCACCGCUCCUUUGGGCCUGCAUCCUCAGAGCACACUGCCGCCUUUUCGAUUGACCUUUUCGAGGAUGUCCUCCAAGGACAUACGUCCAGCAUGCCAGGCCGGACGCUCCUCGAUCUGUUCCUAAAACACAUGUGGGAAUUGAGUUCGUUUGAUGCAUUGCAUGACUUGAUUGAUAACCUUGGAGAGCUUCUAAGCACGCCACUCUCUGCGGACGGCCAGGAUGAACCAUCUUCAGAUCGCAUAUUUCUCUCGAAGACUUCUCCUUUGGGCGCCUUCGUCCGAAGGGCGCGACUGGAGUUCACAAGGCUGCAAUUCGAUGAUGCAAUGAAGCUCUGGUCCUUGUUUGUCAAGUACAGGGCUCCUACAUCCCAAUGGACGAAGCGGCUAGCCGGAAUCGCUUCUGGUGGUGUGGAUAGAGUUGCUGCAGAGAUGGGUCUAAGACCUGGCGAUGAUCUGUACGAGGUCACAUAUGGACAUUUGGAAGACCAAGAACAAGAAGGAGAGGGGCUGAGUACCGAUGACCUUGACCGGAUACUUGACUUUCAGCUGGACCGUUUGCAGCGAUUUGGCGAUCGCGUUCCUGAGAACAUGAAGCACCAGCUUCGCAGCAUGGUCAGCUCCUCAGGCUUAGUCCAUCGACAGGCUCAUCUCGUUCAAUUUUUUGAUGCGUGGAAAGCUGGGGACUACACUUCUUCUUUUGACAACUUGCAUCGCUAUUACGACUACGCAAUGCAGACACGCGAGAAGAUCCACUACCAGUACGCCCUUCUACACAUGGCCAUUUUACAAGCAGACUUUGGUUGUUUUGGCGAGGCUAUUGCUGCCAUUACAGAGACCAUCGCGACAGCUCGAGAAAAUCAAGAUAUGACCUGUUUGAGCUUCAGCCUGAGCUGGCUCAACCAUAUGGCCAAGGCCCACCCAAAACAGAUGAAAGGUGCAGGCUACAUGAGCAUGCUUGGUAGCGAGCGGGAUGUUUUGACCUUCCUGAAGGCCAAAGCAAAGGAUACGAAAAUGUACAACCUUUUGAGGGGACUCUGUUUCUCGCGCAUUGGAGUACAUAUACCAAUCAUCACAUCUCAAUAUGAGAGAAAACACUUGGCCUACCCCACAUGGCGAAUGUACAUUGUGAACUUCUGCUAG